AUGAAGAAGAAAUGCUAUGAUGCUUUCAAUUCUGAAGAAGUUUCCAACAAAUCUUUGGAGCUAAUAAAUCCAAAAGAGGCUUUGUAUCUCUCAUCUCUUUCUGAGAGUAUAUCAAGUUCUCCGGAUUCGAAGUUAAAUUUGGACGUGGGUUCAUUAUCUCACAUUGACAUACGCAGACGUCGAGUGGAUUUUACAGAGCCAAAGGUCACAACUAUAAAUUCUGAAUCAAAGACUGCAUGCCCUGAAUUUUAUUCAAAUUCAAGGCUAGAUAGAAGUGAUAAGAACACCUCCGUGCCGAAUCAAGGAAAAAUUUUAAUCAACAAACAGGGUGAUAAAGCUCAAGUCUGCGGGCCACCACGUCAAAGGAGACUGAAGUCAAAAGUCAAGCCGGAUCAGAUCUCUGCAUUGGCCGACACGGAAGCUGCAUCUAAGAAUCAAGAAAAAGCCUCUAUAUCAAGGCAGAAUUCGGUCGUAGUUCUAUGGGAUGCCGAUAACAAAAGAACUUCUCCGUCCUAUGACGACGUGGUAACUUCGUUGAAGAAAUUCGCUGGGCAUUUCGGGGAGCUUAUUGAUAUAUCAGCUUUUGAUGCUCAUCUCACAUUCUCUGAAAGUGGUACAAGAUUAAUAGAAGCUGGCGUCCACAUUGAACGCGUGGGUACAGCUCCCCAAGAAGCAGAUGCAGCUCUACGACGCGCGUGGAAGAAGUGGAGGAUGACGCAGUUAGAGAAGAAACCUAAUUCUUUUGUUUGCUUAAUUCUAGUCUCGGAUGAUGCAGGGUUUCGAUACAUGUUGAGGUCAGCCAAGAGAAGUGGGUUGGGAGUUGUGGUUGUGAACGAAUUUUUCACCAAAUUCUCGUUGGAAGGGGAUUUGCGCAUGCCUUGGCCACAACUCAAAGCUGGAACGAUAGAUUGGAGGGCAUAG